UCCCAGUGGAGUGCGCAGUGGGCGAGUGCCGCCGAGGGGAUCAGCCCGGCGGGGAGAGCAGGGCGCAGUGGCCGCACCGGAGGGGCCAGCCCGAACCGGAGCCCCUCUGACAGCCGCGUCCUGCCCUCCUGGGCGCACCGGCAGGGGCCCCGAGCUCGCCGGACAUGCCCCGUGGGCGCGGCGGCGGGGACCCCCGGGCUCUCCUCCGCCUAGGGCUCCCCGCCCGGCCCAUGGGCGCCCCCGGCCCCAGCUAAGCCCACCGCCCCCAAGCCCGUGUCUGCGUCCGCUUCUGGUUGUACCCCGGUGCCAACGCUGUCCGUCCCCGAGAGGGACGAUGGGCUGAUGGGCGCCGGGCGCCGCAGGAUGCGAGGGGCGGCCGCGGUGCUGCUGCUGCUGCUGCUGGUGCUGCUGCUGGCCCUGGAGUCCGGGGGUGCCCGGGGCUGCCCCGUGCCGAUCCGCAGCUGCAAGUGUGCGGGAGAGCGGCCCAAAGGACUGAGCGGCGGCGCACCCAACCCGGCUCGAAGGAGAGUGGUGUGUAGUGGCGGGGACCUCCCGGAGCCGCCGGAGCCUGGCCUCCUGCCCAAUGGCACCGUUACCCUCCUCCUAAGCAAUAACAAGCUCACCGCACUCCGGAACGGUUCUUUCUCUGGACUUCACAUGUUGGAAAAACUAGACCUGAAGAAUAAUCUCAUCAGUACAGUGCAUCCUGGUGCCUUCCUGGGACUGGGAGAGUUGAAGCGCUUAGAUCUCUCCAACAACCGAAUUGGCUGUCUUUCUUCUGGAGCCUUCCAGGGCCUUUCUAACCUCCUGCGAUUGAACAUGUCUGGAAACAUCUUCUCUAGCCUGCCAGAUAGGGUGUUUGAUGAGCUUCCAGCCUUGAAAGUUGUGGACUUUGGCACGGAAUUCUUGACCUGUGACUGCCACCUACACUGGGUACUGCCAUGGGCCCGUAACCACUCUGUGCAACUGUCUGAGCGAACACUGUGUGCCUAUCCCAGCUCCCUCCAUGCCCAGGCCCUGCGCACCCUCCAGGAUACCCAACUCCAUUGUGCCCCACGUUCUGCCCAUAGGCCUCACUGUGAUUCUGCUCCCCCCACAACAGCGGGUGCCCUGGAGCUGCACACUCACCACCUGAUCCCCUCGCUGCGCCAGGUGGUGUUCCAAGGUGACCGACUUCCCUUCCAGUGUACCGCCAGUUAUCUGGGCAGUAGUACCCGCAUCCACUGGUACCACAACCGGGUACCUGUGGAGGGCGAUGAGGAGGCAGGCGUCAUUCUGGAGGAGAGUCUGGUGCAUGACUGUACUUUCAUCACCAGCGAGCUAAUUCUGUCCCACAUCCACGUGUGGGCAUCGGGUGAGUGGGAGUGCUCCGUCUCUACUGCCCAAGGCAACGCCAGCAAGAGAGUGGAGAUCGUGGUGCUGGAGACCUCAGCCUCAUACUGCCCCGCCGAGAGAGUCGCCAACAACCGGGGAGACUUCAGGUGGCCUCGAACGCUGGGAGGCAUCACAGCAUAUCAGUCCUGCCUUCAGUACCCUUUCACCUCAGUGCCUCUCAGUGGGGGCACCCCAGGCACCAGGGCCUCUCGACGCUGUGACCGAACUGGGCGAUGGGAGCCGGGGGACUAUUCCCACUGCCUCUACACCAAUGACAUCACGCGGGUGCUCUAUACUUUCGUCCUGAUGCCCAUAAAUGCUUCCAAUGCGCUGACCCUGGCACACCAACUGCGUGUCUACACGGCUGAGGCUGCAGGCUUUACAGACAUGAUGGACGUGGUCUAUGUGGCGCAGAUGAUCCAGAAAUUUCUGGGCUAUGUUGACCAGAUUAAGGAGCUGGUGGAGGUGAUGGUUGACAUGGCCAGUAACCUGAUGCUUGUCGAUGAACACCUAUUAUGGCUGGCCCAGCGAGAGGACAAGGCCUGCAGUGGCAUCAUUGGAGCCCUGGAGCGUAUUGGAGGGGUCGCCCUCAGCCCCCAUGCCCAGCACAUCUCUGUGAAUUCGAGGAAUGUGGUCCUGGAGGCGCACCUCAUCAAGCCUCACAGCUACGUGGGCCUCAGCUGUACGGCUUACCAGAAGCGGGAGCCUGCCGUCUCAGGGCAACGUCCAGGACCCCCUGGACUAGACCCCCAGCCUGAGCACGAGACCCUAGCUGAUCAGCAACUCCGAUUCCGUUGUACCACCGGGCGGCCCAAUAUCUCCCUGUCCACCUUCCACAUCAAGAACAGCGUGGCCCUGGCUUCCAUCCAGCUACCCCCCAGCCUGUUCUCAUCCCCUCCGACUGCACUGGCCCCCCCAACUCCCCCGGACUGUACCCUGCAAUUGCUCGUCUUCCGAAAUGGUCGUCUUUUCCGUAGCCAUGGCAACACCUCCCGCCCUGGAACCACAGGGCCCAGCAAGAGGCGUGGGGUGGCCACACCUGUCAUCUUUGCCGGAACCAGUGGCUGCGGUGUCGGGAACCUCACAGAGCCAGUGGCCGUCUCACUAAGGCACUGGGCUGAAGGGGUGGAUCCUGUGGCGGCCUCGUGGAGCAUGGAAGGGCCUGCUGGACCAGGAGGCUGGAGUUCUGAGGGCUGUCAGCUCCAGUCUAGCCAGUCCAAUGUCAGCUCCCUGUACUGCCAGCACCUUGGCAACAUUGCGGUGCUCAUGGAGCUGAGCACUUUCCCCCGGGAAGCAGGAGGCCCAGGAGCAGUCCUGCAUCCUGUUGUCUACCCCUGCACUGCCCUGCUGCUGCUCUGCCUCUUCUCUACCAUCAUCACCUACAUCCUCAACCAUAGCUCCAUCCACGUCUCGAGAAAGGGCUGGCAUAUGCUGCUGAACCUAUGCUUUCACGUGGCUAUGACUUCGGCUGUCUUUGCAGGCGGCAUCACCCUCACCAACUACCUAAUUGUCUGUCAGGCGGUAGGGAUCACCCUGCACUACUCAUCGCUGUCCACGCUGCUCUGGAUGGGUGUGAAGGCUCGUGUUCUCUACAAGGAGCUGACCUGGAGGGCUCCACCCCCCCAGGAAGGGGAGCCAGCCCCACCCACUCCUCGUCCAAUGCUCCGGUUCUACCUUAUUGCUGGAGGCAUCCCACUCAUCAUCUGUGGCAUCACAGCGGCCGUCAACAUCCACAAUUACCGGGAUCAUAAUCCCUACUGCUGGCUGGUGUGGCGUCCCAGCCUGGGAGCUUUCUACGUGCCUGUGGCCCUGAUCCUGCUGAUCACCUGGAUCUACUUUCUAUGUGCUGCGCUGAGCUUAAGGGGCCCGCGGGGGCAGGGCCCCAAAGGCAGCCACAGCCGGGCCUCACUGGAGCCAGGGGAGGACCUCCGAUGUGCAGCCAGGCUCCAGGGCAGUGGUCCCCUGCUGAGCGACUCCGGGUCCCUCUUGUCGGCUGGGGGUGGAGGAGUGCUCUCCCCAGGGCACCCAGGUGACGGAGAUGGCAUUUAUUCACCAGGAGCCCAACUUGGGGCUCUGGUGACCACUCACUUCUUGUACCUGGCACUGUGGGCCUGUGGGGCUCUGGCGGUAUCCCAGCAGUGGUUGCCCAGUGUGGUAUGCAGCUGUUUGUACGGGGUGGUGGCUGUAGCCCUGGGUCUCUUUGUCUUCUCCCACCACUGUGCCAGAAGAAGGGAUGUCCGGGCUUCCUGGCAAGCCUGCUGUCCCUCCGCCCCUCCCUCCACUCGGGCACUGCCGAGGCCCUUGUCCACCAUUGUAGAGGACGGCUCUCCAGUCUUUGCCGAGGGGCAUUCCUCCCUCAAAUCUUCCCCCAGUGGCAGCAGCGGUCAUGCCCAACACAUGAGUCCCUGCAAGCUGACCAACCUGCAGCUAGCACAGAGCCAGGCCUGCGACAUGGGUGUGGGAAGUCUCGGGGAAGAGCCCGACGUUACCGGCCAUCGGGGCCCUGCUCCCCGCCACCUCAACAACGUGCAUCACGGGCGCCGGGGGCACAAGAGCCGGGCCAAGGGCCACCGUGCUGGAGACGGGGCAGGCAAGCAUCGCCUGAAGUCGAUUCGAGGGGGAUCGUCGGCACUGACGGGGAUGUCGGAGCUGCAGUCCAGCGAGAGCGGCAGCCUGCACAACAGCCCAUCCGACAGUCACCCCGGCAGCAGCCGCAACAGCCCCGGCGCCGGCCCGGGCCCAGGCCCGCGGGAAGGAGAGCCCACGCUCAGCCCCUCGGAGGGCAGCGACACCAGCGGGGCGCCCGGGCCCGAGGCCGGACGUGCAGGCCAGCGACGCUGUGCCAGCCGGGACAACCUCAAGGGUAGCGGGAGUCUGCUGGAGGAGAGCAAGCGCCGCUCCUACCCGCUCAACACCGCUAGCCAGAACGGAGCCUUGAAGGCCGGGAAAUACGACAUCAACUUGGGCAGCACAGAGACUGGAGCUGGUGGUUGCAUGAAGACGGGCCUCUGGAAGAGUGAGACCACCGUCUAGAGCUCGAAGAGGCUAUGGGAGCUGUAGGCAACACACACGCGCUGCUCACUAGUGGCCAAGCUGGGGGGGCGGCGCCCUCUGGCUGUACCUCAAAAGGUCCCCCAUACUAGUGUCAGCCCAAGGCAGCACUUCUCCUUGCCAGUAAGGCAGAUGCCAACCCACGAACAGUAUUCCCCAACCCCACUGGGGUGGGGCAACUUACUUAGGGGAAAUCUUUCUUUCUGGAGGGAGAUUCUCCAAAGGAUGACAAUCUUUGGAGCACACAAAGGGCGUGUGCUUUCCUUCUACCCCAGCCUUACCCUCUGUGUGCCUGUCCAGGAUCCUGGAUACCAUCCAGCAGUAAAAGGGCCAUUUGCCCCUAGUCCACAGAGCAACCCUCCCUGUGCAGAAAAUGGGCAGCCUGUGUGGGCUGAUGAAGCUUCCACUGUUCUUGCCCAAAGUGUCUCCCAUGCUAGCUGGUUAGAGCAAUAUGAUCGAGGGUGAGCUCUCUGGCCGCCCCAGUUCUCUAUAAAGGUCUAAAGCUUCAUUUUUUUAGGACCAGGGCCCGACUCCCAUGGGUUGGCCAGAUAAUGGGCACUGGUUUGCAAGCCAGGCUGCUGCCCUGGAAGGCAUCUAUGCAAAGGCAGUUGGGGAGGGCGGUCUUCAGGAAGGAAAGUGAGGAAAGAGCAAGAAGGCCGAGUCCUGUUCCAAUAGAGCCAAAGACAAGUGGGAUGCCACCAGUGACCCAGAGUGCCUAAACCAUCGUAGCCUUGCAAAGUUGAUCAUGCCAUGUGAAUGGAAGGAUGUGAGUAGAAAACAAAAAGAACCAAAGCUAAGGAACAGGAACCAGCUGCUUUAGCUCCCAGAGCAAUACUCCUGGAGGGACCGUGCUUGGGGUUCAGUGUUGGAAACACUUUUCAAAGCCUAAUUCUCACUUUUGGGCUUUGGCCUGGAGGGUGCUGGAGAAAGAAUUUCCUUCUCUUGAAUAAGAGCAGAUGACAGAGCUCCAGGGAGUCAUAGCUAUCAGACCCCAGCUCUAUGGGUGUAAGAUGGCCCUCAGAGGUCAAACCAGCUUCCUGUUUUCACUGGGGCCCUUGAAAGGCAGUAGCUGGAGCAUUUAGUGGAGAUCCUCCCCUAGUCUUACUGCACAGCUCUGUCCUUUGCCUUUAUUCUUCUACCCCCAGGCCCUUAGCUUUCUCCCAGAAAAAUUGACCAUCAGUCCUUAAGGAAUUUUUGGAGGGAGGGAGAGGGAGAGUUUAGAGCUGAGAAGCAAAGAGACAAUCCUGUUCAUGCUUCUUUGUUCUUGUCCUUGUACGUGUCACCCAAGGUACAUGAGGAGGGCAUAUGGGAGAGGGAAAUCCCGUUCUUUAGGGGUGAGUUCUGUUAUUUACGCUUGCUGCACAGAGACUAUAUUAGAAAAAGAAAGAAAAAAAGCUUUGUAUUAUUCUUCCACAUAUGCUGGCUGCUGUUUACAUACCCUGCCAAUGCCUUAGCACUG